CCGUUGACGCCGGAGUCGUGACCUUGCAAGAACCCAGCACCUUUUCCUUGCCCCUCACCAAUCCAUCACCAUUACGUUCCUUCCUCAUUCCCACAAGAAAAAAAAUAAAACCAAACGACAAUCGGGUAACAUUCCCCCUAGAAUCCAGUCAGCAAAAUCCAGUUAGAGGAACAACAAAGGGGAUUCCAUUCCACCACCCAAGAUGAUGACCUUCCCCCUCCUCCUCCUCCUCCUCCUCCUCCCCUCCGCCUUAGCGGGGGUGAUAUGCGAGGAUUUGCCGCAAGACCUGUGCGCAUUUGCGAUCUCGUCGUCGUCCAAGAGGUGCGUUUUGGAAACCAUCCCGCGCAAAGGGGGCCCCACCAAGUACCAGUGCCAGACGUCGGAGGUGGUGGUGGAGCGGAUGCCGGGUUGGAUCGAGACUGAUAAGUGCGUAAGAGCGUGCGGCGUCGACCGUAAUUCCGUUGGGAUCUCCUCCGACUCGCUUCUCGAGCCGCAGUUCACCGAGAACCUCUGCUCCCCGGCGUGCCACCAGAAUUGCCCCAACAUCAUCGACCUCUACUUCAACCUCGCCGCUGCCGAAGAUGUGUUCCUGCCCGACUUGUGCAAGGCUCGACAAGGAAGAAAUCCACGUCGGUCAAUGUUGAUUCUCCGCUCUGGGUUUAAAACACCAGUCCUUGCCGAUGGAGGGGAUGCGGCUAAAUUGAAUGUAGCAGCUGCACCAGCUUGAUUUUAUUUCUUUUCUUUGAUAGCAAGAUUAUCGAGUAAAUUAGAAAAUUCCUCAUGAGGUUUAUAUUCAUUAUACUUGCAUCCAAUAGUUUAUAAAAGCUAAAUUUAUAUUCAGUUAAAUUACUGGCAUUGGUUUAUCUCCUUAUAAA